UCAGGUAGAACAGGUUCCUGGUUGUUCUGAUCUGAAUACCCUGCACUGCCCUGCCCUGCCCUCCCCCUUCCCUAGCCUAUUGUUCCCUCUCUCUCAUACGCUGGCUGUUUCACUGAGCGAUCUCACUGCAUUCCGCACACCUGUUAGCUGUAACCACCUGACCAAGCACCAGAAAAAGGAACGAGAGAGACAGGAUAUGGACCUUUACGCAAUCAUCAGUGCUGUUUUGCUUCUGCAACUGCAAGGUAUUCAUGUGGCCUUGCUCCAGGCACCAACAGACUCUCCAGGACGGACGAUUGAUCAAAGUUGGCCUCGUCAAUUGGUCAAAACCAAGCAAAACAAGACGUCACAAGCUCAGUUCAAUGACAUUGCUGAUAUGACUCUGGAGGGUACUGAGUCAACAGAUGACUCUGCUGGGGUAUUCGCAAACGGCUCCAUGUCAUUUAAUGGGGACCAGGUCAACAUCCAGGACACAAAUGAGACUUCAGGUGGUGUGACAAUUGGCACCACAAUGCCACCAGGGUUGCCAGAUGCUACAGUAGAGGAACCUCCAGAAACCACUGUUGCACCAGAACCCCCAGUGAGUGUCGCCUUAAACUCAAGCCAAGUUUCCAAUGCAACCGGAGAGGACAGUAGAUUCCAAACUACCACCACUACUGCAAUCACAGAAAAUUCAAAUGGCUCUAAUUCCAUGUCCAAUUACACUGAAUUAAACGAGACUACCACAGCUCCAGACACCAAUAGCACAGAACAGACUGGUCCAGAUCCUGAUGCUGAGAACAGGGUAACCAACAGUACAGAGGACUUCCAUAAUGUAACGACUGCAGUACCGGAGCCAUCCAGUGAACCAUCCACAGCUUCCCCCUCCACAAAGCUUCCCUUGGACUCCCCUGGGACUACAACUGCCAAAAUCAUCCCAGAAACUACAACAACCACAGGUGCCAGCACAAUAACAGCCACGAUGGAAUCUGGUGCCGCUUCAGGAAGCAACUCUGCGAGAGGCUUGGCCUCAGAUGCAGUGCAGAACAAGAAGAGGAGUGAGGCAUGGGCUGCCGUCCUGGGCAUAGGAGUGGCAGUGUGCUUCGUGGCGAUGGUGGUCUAUGUCAUCCUGAGAAGGAGAGGCCAACGGGAUUUCACACACAGGAAGCUUGUUGAGGAAAUCCCCUCAGACCCAGUUCUACAACUGAACAACACUGAGCCUGUGGACUUGAAAUAUGAUGGUUCUGCCUACUACAAUCGUGGACUCCAAAUGGACAAUAUCCAAAUGGACCACCUUCCACAAGGACAUCAAAAUUGAAAAGAACUCCAAGACUAACCUUAAACACUUUAAAGAAGACUUUCAUAUACAAAAUACUUAAUGAGACAUACGCAUUAACAUGCAUAAGUCUCUAUAGCAGGAAUGUCAAGUCAUGGAUUUACUGCACCCUAAUGUAUUGGUUAUGUGGGCUUAUAGCCAAAUUAGGGGUGUCAUUUUUUUGUAAAUUUUUCCAAAUUCCAGGAAACUUUGAGAAUUUGUAAAUGUGCUAGGAAUUUAUUAUUAUUUUGGAACAUUUGAAUUAUAUGUUUAUAUGUUUUUAUUUCUAAAAUAACAUUGGUUUGGAAGGAAAGUUUUUUACAUUUUCUGGAAAUAUUCCCAUUCUUUGUUAUGCCUACGAUGAAUACUACCUUUACAUAACUUAGACUUCCACAUAAUUAUCACAUUAUCUCAAUGGGAGAAAACGUCAUGCAUGGAUCUCAAUUUAGGAUUAUAGAAACUUCAGCACAGUCUAUUAUAGAAGUAGUAAAAGCCAAAAAUGAAGUCUUAAUUGUCUGCUAUAUUUCCAAGAUGGUUCGACAAAGGUAACUAAACAUUUCUUAGACAUGAAGACCUACACUCAAAUAAGGUUAUUUUUGUACCUUAUUCUAAAUGACAAUUUAGCUACAGGUCAAGUCAAUAUAAACAUAAAUGUUUGAUUUUUAUUUAACCUUUAUUUAACCUUUAUUUAACUAGGCAAGUCAGUUACGAACCAAUUCUUAUUUACAAUGACGGCCUACUCCGGCCAAACCCUUCCCUAACCCCAACAACGCUGGGCCAAUUGUGCGCCGCCCUAUGGGACUCCCGAUCACGGCUGGUUGUGACACAGCCCGGGAUUGAACCAGUGUCAUACUGUAGUAUCGCUUUUUUUUUAUCAACCCAAAUUAGAAGUUAUUAUUAUACUGUACCUCUGUCUAUUACUUCCUCACUCAAGACGCUUAUAUGUAAAGAGCAAUUGCCACAGCCAUUUUGUUUAAUGGCUGACUAGCAGAGUCAGGGUUGGAAGACCUUUUGAGUAAUCAAGAAACCUUUGUCACUUAAAGAUGGAAUCCUUAAUUGAAACAAUGACAAAGCACUCACUCCGCCGUUGUUUAUGGAGAAAUGUAACCACGAUCAAAUUCAAAUUGAGAGCUAUUGUUGCAAGGAGUGACCAUCCGUGAUAUCAAAAUGACAGUUUCUACCAUGUUUUGAGGCUAAACAGUGUUGGUUUACGUUUACUUUGUUACAAACAUUGGACUAUAAGAAGUUUAUGUUCUGGGUUCUGAUGGGGUAAGACAGUUGAACUAAGCUCUUGAGGCAUUUAUAACAUAUAUACAUCAAGAAUCAUGUCCAUAUUUAUUGGCACCCUUGAUAAAGAUGAGCAAAAAAGACUAUAAAAUAAACAUAUCAAAUACUGAGCUAUAUUGCAUAACAAAAUGGGGAAAUUAGAUUAUUUUAUACUAAUACAAUUGCUCAGAGAAAGAGAUUUUGUUUAAAAAGUAAUACAAAUAAAUCUAAAAAAGAUAGCAGGGCAGCAGGUAGCCUAGUGGUUAAGAGUCUUGGACCAAAAACCGAAAGGUCGUUGGUUUGAAUCUCUGAGCCAACUAGGUAAAAAAAGUGUUGAUCUACCCUUGAGCAAGGCACUUAACCCUUACAGCUCCUAUAAGUCGCUCUGGAUAAAGUGUCUACUAAAUAACUAAAAUAUAGAUAGGGGUCAAAAUUAUUGGCACCCCUGCUUUCAAAACUCUAGCACCCUCCCCCUACAAGUAAAAUUACAUCCUUUUUCUCAGUGGUGUAAAGUACUUAAGUAAAAAAUACCUUAAAGUACUACAAUUUUGGGGGGUAUCUGUACUUUACUAUUUAUAUUUUUUGACUACUUUUACUUUUACUUCACUAUAUUCCAAAAUAAAAUAAUGUACUUUUUACUCCAUACAUUUUCCCUGACACCCAAAAGUACUUGUUACAUUUUGAAUGCUUAGCAGUAGAUGAAAAUGGUCCAAUACACACACUUAUCAAGAGAACAUGCCUGGUCAUACUGUCUGUGAUCUGACGUACUCACUAAACACAAAUGCUUGGUUUGUAAAUUAUGUUGGAGUGUUGGAGUGUGCCCCUGGCUGUCCGUAAAUAAAAGACAAAAUUAAAUUGUG